AUGUCUACCAAACAAAGAAAAGGCAGCAGCCACCUGUUCAACAGUUUGCACACAUGUAAACUGAAGCUUCAGGAGGACCGGCGACAGCGAGAAAAAUCUGUCAUUGCUCAACCAAUAUUCGUUUUUGAAAAGGGAGAACAAACUUUUAAGAGACCUGCAGAAGACACACUGUAUGAAGCAGUAGAACAUGAAUGCAAUGGUUUUUCAAGAAAACGUGUACGGUCUUCAUCUUUUACUUUGCAGACUACAGAUUCUCAGUCCCAAACAGUGUCAACCUUGUCUCAGAAGCAAAUGAGAUCUUCAUCCUUCACUGACCUCCCAACUUUCCCCCCUUCUGGGCCAGUGUCAAAGAACAAUGUUUUUAUGACAUCAACUCUUGUGCAAAGAAAUGUUGAUGUGAACAGUGCGGAUCAAGGUCCGGUGAAACAUUCUGAACAUGUUCUAAGACCUGCUACUUUGCAGCCACCUCAAACUCAGAGCUGUGAAAAAAUAAAAACCCUUGGGCACAAUGCAUUGGAAUCCUGCAAGAAUAAAGAAAAAAACAAAAAUAAGAUUUCUGAGAGGAACUCCUAUAUACUAAGUGAAAAUUUACCAAGUGCCAGAAUUUCAGUCCAGCUGUCUACUAACCAGCAUCUUUUAGGUGCAAUAUCAGAAGUAUGCCAACCAAAUGAAGAUAAGUAUUCUUUUAAAAGCUGCAGUUCCAAUUUUGUUUUUGGAGAAAACAUGGUAGAAAGAGUUUUGGGUACUCAAAAACUCACCCAGAUUCAACUUGAAAAUGAUUCCUAUGCCAAGGAAAAGCCAUUCAAUUCCACUCUGAAAUUUUCUAUCAACUCUCCAAAUUCAAGAACAGACUCUAUUAAAAAUACAUCCCUAAUUGAAUCAGCUGCUGCUUUUUCUUCUCAACCACCACAGAAAUGCUUGCUGGAGAAAAUUGAUGUUAUAACAGGAGAGGAAGCAGAACAUAAUGUGUUAAAGAUCAACUGCAAGCUUUUUAUAUUCAACAAAACAACACAAUCCUGGACUGAAAGGGGCAGAGGAACUUUGAGACUGAAUGACACAGCAAGCAGCGACUGUGGAACAUUACAGUCAAGACUAAUAAUGCGCCAUCAGGGCAGCCUGAGGCUGAUCCUCAACAGCAAACUCUGGGCUCAGAUGAAGAUUCAAAGAGCAAACCACAAAAAUUUACAAAUAACAGCUACUGAUUUAGAAGACUGUAGCAUCCAAGUAUUUUUAAUUCAGGCCAGUGCCAAAGAUAUAGGAUAUCUGUAUACAGCAAUACAUCAUCGUCUCGUUGCACUUCAGAGCUUCAGUAAGCAGAAAGAUGUUAAUCAAGCUGGAAGCCAGUCAGAAACAGUCCUCCAACAAAUAAACUUUGAUAGCUGUGAUGAGGAUGAGGAUGAUUUAAUCCAAGUCACUAAAAAUGAAUCAGAUACUUCUAGGUGGACCCAAAGACAGUCGGUUGCCUGUUCAUGA